AUGCUGUCAAGCGUUGUAAACGAUAUCAAUGGAUGCUUACGCCAAGGAGAUACAACGACUUACAAGAAAUUGGAGAUCUAUGAAGGAACCGAUGAUCUCAUUGACCUUGAAGACCUGAAGAAGAAUGUGAAGAAUGUUAUGGCACAGAAUGAUAGUUGCUUCGAUUAUGACAAUAUAACCAAUAUUGAAAAGGAAGCUUCUCAUAUUGUGGAGGAGGUUGUGCAAAUAGAGAAGAAAAUAGAUGAAGUAGAAGAAAAAAAACAAGAAGCCGCGCAAGAAGAGAAGGAAGUAGAGAAAGAAGAAGGGCAAGAAGUGGAUGUUGAGAAUGUGGAGAAAGAGAAAGAGAAGAAAGAAGGGAAAGAAGAGGAUGCUGAAAGUUAUUAUAGUACCAAGAUAUUUAACAGGAAACACAAACAGUAUACUCAUGAGGGUAGUGCUAGUGCUGUUGUUGGUGCUAUUGCUGCUGCUGAGGUCAUGGCUGUGGAGGUCUCUAUGGCCCUGGCUGCCGUCUUAUAA